GCCUAGCGGGAGUUUUUCACGGAACAAGCGAAUACAUCACGAUUUGACGAGUCAAAGGGUAAGAGAUAUUUUAUUUUCCAAUUUCUUCAAAUUGUAAAUCGAUUAUUAACUUAUUAACGAGAUUUAAGUUUGAUUGAAAUUAGAGUUCUUUACCGAAUCUUAAUUUUUAAUAAGAAGGGUUAUUUUUUUAGCACCAUUUCGUAUCUCUCUCCUCAUCCGAUCGCUUUUUCACCGUCAAGGAGAAAUGUCUUCUCAGGAGGAACGAUAGUUUCUAAAUAAUUAAAAUUUCCCGCUUUGGAAAUAGCGAUAACGUAGAAGGGAAACAUGAAAACAGGUUGGCUGAGUUUUUCCGCGUCCUCGUUUAUAAAUUGGUUACCCACGCUAAAUUUGAAACCAAUCUAGACGGCCUGUCGGCUCCAAUUGUCCUUUUAUUUACCCAAAACAAAUCGGAGAGUCGGUAAUCGGAAACUAGGUAAAUUUUUCCCCAGUGUUAUUUUAGAAUUAAUCACUUUGCAGUUUUGCAUUGUUUCUUUGAAUAAUUAUGAUCGUGAUUUGUGAUUGAUUUCUUCGAUCAAGGAAACAAUUUAUAGAAUUAAUACGAUUGUAAAAUAUACUGAAAGAUUAGAUUAGCCAAUGUGGUGGAUUCAGGCACUGCUCAUUUAUAUGAUUUAACUCCAAAAGCGUUCCGAUCAAUAAUUAAAAAAAGAAAUACGCCGAUAAAGACAUAAAAACCAAGGGAAAAUAAAAAAAAGAAACCCUAAAAGUGUUUUAAUGUUUUUGUAGAUAAGGCAUCACUUUUUCUUUUUACAACGUUUUAUUAAUAAUUUAGAACAAGAUUUGGGUUUAAUAUUUUAUGAAUUUCUCACACACGUAUUGAGUUUCAAAACAGUGCGUGUGCUCUUUAUCGCCAAUUUAACUAACCCGACUUGGAAAAACCUACCGCUAAUAUUGGUUCAGGCUCGAUAGCCAAUUCUUACGUUUAGAGAACUAAAAAUAAAUUCCUUUAGUUGUCAGUAUUAUCUAUAUGUUUUUUUUUUCUUCUCCCAAAACUAUAAAAGUGCACAAACUUUAAAGUCACAGUAAUCACACAAUUUUAGAACUGUUUUGUUUUUUGUUAUUAAACUAUUAUUUUUUCAAAAUCUUAUAAGAGUUAUACUCACUUGCCUUUUAGCAAAUCUAAACUGACUUCUACUUUGUUAGAUGAACAAACAAUGAUCUGGGAUGAAAGAAUCGAAGCCCUUGACGUUUUAAAAUAUUCAUGCUGUCUUUUCUUUUUCAGUCGUGCUCCUAUUAUAUUACCUAAACCCUUCUCGGUCAUUUUGACUUGUUUAAAAACAAUAUCAUGACAAUAAGACCAAAAUAAUGUCCACGUAACCGUCUUUGUCUUGGUUUGCAGUAAUUAUUUCGUUGCUCUUUGCUUUUCCUUCUUUUCUUUUCUUUUUUUUUUCCGAGUUUUUAGUUCCCUUUGCAGAUCUCUUUGCUUCCUUCAAGAAGUUAUCCUUUAUCUAUUUCUUUGUUUCGCUAAACACACCGAUUUUCGUUAGCUUUGUGUUACAUGCCUGUGUACAGGUUCUUUUUAAAUAAAUAAUCAAAGCUGUUAAUGCAUUGAAGUAUUUUGAUUUAACAAAGCGUGGUCAACAUAACCAGCAGUGACAUUAUCGAGAUUUUUAAUUACUUUUUAAACCGCAAUCUAAAGAAAUAAUCGGACAAGGACUCGUAUAAUCAUAUUAUUUUCCAACUACACAAAAAGAGUUCAGAUUGUCAUGAAUGAGCACUGUUUAAAUUGUCAUGCUCAUAUGAAGAUCAUUUAUUUUUAGGACGAGUUUUCUCAACAACCUACAAUGGUUAGCCAAGUUGUAUUUCGCCCAGCGGAACAAGAGCAAGUACUCAACAGCACUGUCUACGCAGAGGAAAGAUGUUACCCUUGGAUGUUUCGCGAACAAGCCCCUAAGAAACCCGAAGAAAGCCGAAAACACGUAGGAAGAAGGCCGAAAGUGACCGUCCCGGCAACCGUGAAGCGAUAUCGGCAGCUUCGGAGAAAUGCAAGAGAACGGGAAAGACAAGGUCGCCUAAACAGUGCGUUUGACGUGCUUCGCAGCGUUAUCCCCGAUUACUUAUCAGGCAAAGGACCCGAGGGGAAACUAACGCAGAUUGAAACAUUAAGACUGGCAACACAUUACAUCGGAGCUCUCUCGGAAAUGCUCGAUGACGAAGACACAAAGCGAACAUUUAACGAUUUCUGCGGCUGUGGGUAUUUUAGAGAGAGCGAGGGCUUCUCUUUCAAUGACUUGAGCUGCUUGACGAACAUUUAACCUAUAAUUUUUUUCUCGGAUUUAGAAUGUUACAAAAAAAAGUGGAUGCACUGACUUCGUAGUUUGGCCAAAUGGCGCAUGAUGAUAAUGAAAAGAACAAAGUUGAAGUAAAAAUCCAG